UCCGCCGCCACAGCGCUUCAGACCGGGGCUGCUCCAUUAACCCGCCACACUCCGGCUUUUCUCUGCUAAAAACUCCACUUCGGGCUCUCUCCAAGUUUCCCAACACGCCUUCUCCGGGUGUUAUGAAGAAAAGGGCGAGUUGCUUCCAGCUCUGAACAGGUGUGCGACCAGCGGCGCCGUCAUGGCUCUGCAGGCGGGGAACGGCAGCGCGGCGGACGGGUCAGCGGGCUGCGCUCCGCCGGGCAACCUCAGCCUGGAAGUUACCGACUACAACAUGAGCUGCUCCAACAGCUCCGUCCUCCCCAAACCGGCCACCAGAGCCAGAGAGAUGGACUCGCUGCGCAUCCUGCUCUACUCGCUCAUCUUCCUGCUCAGCGUCUUCGGUAACCUGCUGAUCAUCGUGGUCCUGAUGCUGAACAAGCGCAUGCGGACCGUCACCAACUCCUUCCUGCUGUCGCUGGCGGUCAGCGACCUGAUGAUGGCCAUCUUCUGCAUGCCCUUCACCCUCAUCCCCAACAUCCUGGAGGACUUCAUCUUCGGCGCCGCCAUGUGCAAGAUUGUCACGUACUUAAUGGGGGUCUCCGUCAGCAUCUCCACCUUCAGCCUGGUGGCCAUCGCCAUCGAGAGGUACAGCGCCAUCUGCAACCCGCUCAAGUCCCGUGCGUGGCAGACCCGAUCCCACGCUUACCGCGUCAUCGCCGCUACCUGGGUGGUGUCGCUGCUAAUCAUGGUGCCCUAUCCGGUGUUCAGCGCCCUCAAGUCUUUCCCAAAGGCCAACGUCACUGUGGGCCACAUGUGUCGCCUGGACUGGCCCAGUCAGCAAGCCGAGCAGACCUGGUACGUGCUGCUGCUCUUCACUCUGUUCUUCGUCCCCGGAGUGGUGAUGAUUAUAGCCUAUGGUCUGAUCUCCAGAGAACUCUACCGGGGCAUUCAGUUCGAGCUGAGCCAGAGCCGAGAAACCACUGGCCAGAAGAACGGUGUAGGCAAGCCUUUGGUGGGGUCCAACGACGAUGAUGACGGGUGCUACAUUCAGGUGUCCAAAAAGCCCACCGCCGCCGUGGAGCUCCCCACCCUAUCUGCCUCGUCCAGCGCCGCCCAGGCCAAGACCGAGCGCGCCCGUAGCAACACUUCGGAGGCCAAGCUUCAAGCCAAGAGGCGAGUCAUCCGCAUGCUGAUGGUGAUCGUAGCCCUCUUCUUCAUCUGCUGGAUGCCCCUGUACUCAGUCAACACCUGGAAGGCCUUUGACCUCAAGUCUGCCUCUAAGGCCCUCUCAGGAGCGCCCAUCUCCUUCAUCCACCUGCUGUCCUACACCUCGGCCUGCGUCAACCCCAUCAUUUACUGCUUCAUGAACACACGUUUCCGCAAGGCCCUGCUGUCCACCUUCGCCUGUUGCUGCCGCAACCGCCUCUGCCGCCACUGCUGCUGGUUCAGGAGGAGGGAGGGGGGAGAAGACGGAAUCGCCGCCACCUCCAUGGCCACGUCGAUGGCCACCUCCAUGUCCAAGUUCAGCUACACCACCGUCAGCACCACCGGCAACUGUUGAGCCCGAAGCGGCGCCAGGUGGCGGCAUCGGCGGCUGCGGGGCUGCGGUUCCUGUGUGCGCCAUCUGUUUUUUUUCAAUCUUCUGUUUGUCACUCUUCAUCUUAAUAUGCUGUGAGUCAUGUGCUGAGUAAUAUCCAUGCCCUCGUUUACAGGCCGUCUUAAAAGGUCUCGUUCAAAUUCUGUGUGCAUGGUUGCAGAAUGUGAGGCGGAGGAAAGAAAAAAAAAGAAAAAAGAAAAACGCUCUUUCAGUUUGGUGACAUUCUUCUACUUCUGUUUAAUUGGCAGCAUCUGCUUUGUUGCAUCCUGACGAGAACAUCAAGUGCCUGUGCUCUUUGUGUGGCUUCGUUUGUCAUGACGGUUUGUUCACUCGCUGGGACAUUUUAGUGAAAAACUGAGCUGGAAACAUGAAUCCUGUGUACAUGUAAAUACUGUCUCUAUGUUCUGAGUGUGCCAAAGAGAUCCACGUUUUGACAAAGACCUACUGCUGAACAAUGAGGACUCAUCAUCGUAAAAUCAAUCACUAUCGAUUCCAGCUCCUGCUGUGUUUACUUUGGUUUCAUCUUCAUUUAUUCUGGACGUCUUUUUCUCUUUCGGUCUCUCUCUGAUUAGAGUUAUUCUAACAGUCAACCAGCUGUUGGUUUUAUUUUACCAGUACUACUGUUAAUACAACUAUUUUCAUCUCUGAUUUAUUUAUUUAUUCUUUUUUUUUCCACUUGAUAGUUUGUUUUACAGAAUAAGUGUAAAAAAAAAAAAUGUCCACAACCAAAAAUUUCUGUUUCUUGUGUAUUUGAACAUUAAAUCAAAAGCCGACUGCCAAAAUGAUAGUAAACGGACAUUCGUCUGACAGGAUCAGGUUAGACGAGGCUGCUGUCUGAACACUGCCCUCUGUUCCCUCCAUAUUAUACGUGAUAUGAAGGUAGAAUUGAAGUUAUAGUUGGUGCAAAUCAUCACAACUAGAUGUCUGAAUUUUACAUAAAGAACGGUACAAAAUGUGUACAAGACAAUGUGCCAGAAUUAAUUCAUAAACAUGGAGGGGAUUUCAUUUGGAGGAGCCCAGCUUGGUUAUUCAGAACCCCCCAGAUCCAAAGCAGACAUCCUGCCAUCCAGCUACUAACCUGGAGGUUCAGUGUGUUAAACUAAAGCCUUACUACGAUGAUGUUUCUGUACCUACUGAGAAGGCAGCACAAAGACGAGACGAACAUCUGGCGAAACCUCACAGCCAGCCAAUGAGAAGCUGGCACAGGACAAGGGCAAAAUGCUUUUUAAAGAAAAACUGAUGUAGCUGAAGGGAGGUAAAUAUUAUGGAACACUUGGAAUAUGUGUAUCUGUGUUGGAAAUGCUUUAGACAACCGUUUGUUCAGUGUUGUGUUGUAUGUGUGCUCACGCUGUCGUGUCCACAACUGAUGAUUCAAUAAAAAA